AUGGCCAAAGGGGAGACGCCUAGGGAGGGGCCUAGUUCAAAAUUUCAAGAAGCAGUGGCUACGAAUUUGCCAGGUCAGGAAGCAAGGGUUUUUGAAAAUGCCCUCUUCUCUCAGAAUACAGAGGCUACGAAUCCAGGCUCGCCUGUGGGAUCUCAGAUCACGAAGAUUAACGGAUGUCUUGAAAGGUGCAAAGAUAGACCCAAAUUGGUAAUUCCCUUUGAAAUGAUUGCCGAAGAUGUCGAAUAUUACUCUAAACAUUCGUUGUAUUGCAAGUUCCUGGGUUUAAGAGUUUCUCUCCAAUUUCUGGAAAACUGGGCUCAGAAAGUUUGGGAACCAGAGGGUGAAAUGGAGGUUACGUUGCUAGCAAAUAAUUUUUUCAUGGUAACGUUUCUUUGUAUGGCUGAUCGGAAUAGGGUUUUUGAGGGUGGACCCUAUUUUUAUAACCAGGUGGGGCUAUUCGUCAAACCAUGGCAUGCAGGAUUUAAUCCUUCUGAGGAGCUUCCAAAUCGGGUUCCGGUGUGGGUUCGGUUACCCAGAUUUCCUAUAGAAUGCUGUCGCGAGGAUGUUCUCCAUAUGCUUGCAUCGAUGCUCGGGAAGCCGGUGGGUCCUUCAUCACAAACCUUGGGUAAGAAAGUUAUGACCUUUGCUCGAAUUUGUGUGGAACUUGAUUUGAGUAGACCACUGCCUGAUGCGGUAGAGAUGUGUGCGGGCUCACAUUCCUGGGUGCAACAACUAGAUUAUGAGACCCUUCCUUUUCGAUGUCGUCUUUGUCAUGAAUAUGGCCAUCUUGUGAGAAGAUGCCCAAAGGCCAAGUCAGUGGAACAGCAAACUUCGCCUCCUCCUCGUGAUAAUCCUAGUGUGGACAAAGGGAAGAAGCCUGUUGUUGGGGAGGACAAAGAUGCUGAGGGCUUUGUUCGGGUUAAGGCUCGUAAUCGGAACAGAGGCCAAAAGCGGACUCUAAGGGAGCGACAGGAAGAGGAUACCUUUAACAGGUUCGAGAUCUUGGAUGAAUUGGGUCAGCCAGAAGUUAAUCCUGGAUUAAUUAUUGAGGAUGAAUAG